GAAGCUGCUGGCAACAUGGCUGGGGACUGCGUUUUGCUCGCUGCUGUCUCUCUUCUUUCCGCCUUCCAGCAAUGUCACUUUGCUUGGCUGGUGGGGAAAUCAAGAAUGAAGCACAAGGUCAUGCCCCCGGCUGUCACUGGAGCUCCGGAAUUUGACAGAACAUUUCGUGCACAACAAAACUGUGUGGAGUUUUAUCCAGUAUUCCUGACUGUCCUCUGGACUGCGGGAUGGUUUUUUAAUCAAGAAUUAGCUUCCUUCCUGGGCGUGUUGUACGUGUUUGCCCGCUACAAGUACUUCCAUGGCUACGUACAGUCUGUGAAAGGAAGGUUAACAGGGUUUUAUUUGAAUUUGAUAAUUCUGACUUGCUUGAUAACCCUGGGUGCAGCUGGGGUCGUUAACAGCAUUCUGGAUGAAUACCUGGACUUCCGCAUUAUGAAGAAACUACGGAAAUUGUUCUGAAGACUGUUGGGGUAUUUUUUAAAAAGUAAAUAAAUAAUGCAGGUGCUUUCCCUGAACACCAAAAAGAUUAUAAGAUGCAUUUGAAUAAAGCAUCAGAGCUCUUUCCUAGCGGCCCGUUGCACUGUAAAAUGCAUGUUUUUCCCGAGCUGUUUACGCUUUUUCCUUUCCCUAUGCUCUUGAAAGAGAGUCCGUGAGACAGAACGUGAUGCCACAUCUGCAUUCGCAAUGACACAUUCUGUUCUCCCGUACAGUACUGUAAACCCCAAACGAACUGCGCAGAACUAAAGCCAUUAAUUCACUAAGUAAUUUAGUCGCAACUGGUGCUGCAAGCCCCAGCCCACCUUACCCAACGUCCUUCAGCUUUGCCAAUGCUCUGCACUCUUCCUUCGCUCCUCUUCCUUUCCCUCAGCAGCGCCACCCGUUCUGCACAAAUGUAAAACCACUCUUCAACACAACACGCUGCCGCGAGGCCCUGAUUUUCCAAGAGCAUGCAAUCCCACUGCAGGAGGCUGCUCAAGCAUACAUGGAAACGCUGCUUUCUUCAGGCCAACGUUUAAAGCUGCGCUUGACCCUACGUUCUGUGGAGGCCUUUUGAUUUUAUACGCACGUUCGCAGUUCCAACACCCGCUUAAAUGCUCUUCUGGUAGAAGUGGGGCCCUCCUGCAGGCAGAUCCCAGUCCUCACACAAAGCCUCUCGAAGUCAGGCUGUACCCACAGUGCGGCACCAGUGAGAGGGAGAGCCAGCCCGGACAAAAAGGCGGCGCAGAUGCUCAUCUGACAAUUGGGUCUGCUGCGUUGUCUCCCGCCCAGGCACAGAUGGCUGGGGUGUGGGAAAGGCUCGACAAAUGUCCCAGCAUGGCCACAGCUCUGGGAGUCAUAAAAUGGCAAUGAAAAGCAAACCAACUAGGAAAACAGUUUUCUGCUAAAGCGGCAGGGAAAAGUCACGGCUUAGCACCAUCAGCUCAACGUACGCUGGUGGUCAAUUAGAACUGUGCAGAAGAAGCAAGACCACGCCUGACUAUUUUGGUAGCUCCCGAGAAUUCAAAUGACUUAGGCAAGGCUGAAUAUACUCAUGUUAGCUAAAGCCAGCAGGCAGAAAUAUUCCUUGUCAUGCUCAUGAAGACAUGAUUUGGCCAAAAAAAGACUGCGCGUUUGUACAAUGGAACGUGCUUAUGGUCUUUCUAAAAGCGUACUGAGGUUGGUAACCUGAGCACAAAAUAAUUGAGUGGCGGAUCAGGUUCAUAACAAGCUUCUGUAUAGAAAAGGUGGACAGGUUGCGUUGUGCAGAAGUUAGCUUGGGACUAAAAGGCACAGCUUGGUGCCUGCGGGUGGCAAAGGCCAAAAUGGCAUUAGAAACAGCAACGUGAGAUGGGUGCAAAGGCGCAAGACCUGGGUCCGAUAACGGCUGCCGGGAGGAAAAGGACGGAUCAGGAUGGCGAACAGGCUGGAGCUGACAGAGCUGAGGAAAGGGCAACUCCCGGGCACUUGCCUCCAGGGGAGAAAGUACAACAGGGCCACAUUUAACAACCACAGAAAUCAAUGGGAAUUCUUCCUCUAACUUACCUUCUGCGGGUGGAAAGACAGAAAAAUCCGCCUACCCGCCUGCCAGCGAUGCCUUCAGGCAGUCACGGGCAGCAGGAAGCGCUGCCACCCAAAGAAAAACCAAGACAAGGUCCAAACUACGUAAAAGGCUUGAAAUACUCACUGGGGGAGGCCCAAAGGUCGCUCCCUGCCUUCAGGCGGGUCUCUGCCGCUGAAACCAUUCCGUUCCAAGCUUACCUGUUGUAGCGGCCUGGCGCGUUUACAGCUCGCUUCCAUACGCCAUGCACUCCACAGGGAGCAGUAACAAACGGGUGCUGCGCGGGGGCAAUUUCACAUGCCGAAAAACGCGGGCGUGAGGCUGCAAAGCACCACCUGGCAGCAGAGCGCUAGGGGAUAAACACGAACCGAACAUGG